CCGUUCGCGCCUAAAGGAGGGGUUAAACGCCCCCCUCCCCGACAGGGCUCUCUCGCGAGGGGGGCGGAGCCUGAUCGCUGACUGACUGCUGCCACAGCCAAUGAGCCCUCGAGCUGAGGAGGAAGGGCGGGCUGUGGCGGCAGAAGGGCCAGUGGCGACGCGCGGUGGAGGGCCGGGGGUGUUUGUGAGGGGAGCGGGGCUGUGUGGAGCCCUUCUUGCCCUUACUGGUGCUCCUGCAGUCUGCCCGCCUCUGUGGAAGUGCGGUGUCUGUGGUGAUGGAGGCAUAGCCGGGGCCUGCAGCGUUCUGAGGCGGGUGAUAAGAAGGCUCUGGUGUCACAGUAAUGCCAACUGUAAAACCCAUCAAAGCUGCACUGCCCUGUGUGACUGGUAAUGGAGGGCUGAACUGUCAUAGGGGGAGCUGGGCGGCCUGUGGAGGUUCUGUGUGUUGUGUGGGGGUGGGCAUUCAGUCCAUAAAUAAUUGGGGGUUGGCUUCAAUUAUCGCCAAACUCAUCUCUUUUGAGGUAACUCCCAGGCGUUGUGAGAAGCACUGGCAGGAAAAGCCGGUGCUGGUUCUGUUUUCCCCACUGAAGCCUUCAGCCAUAACAUGCACAUGAAUAUUGGCUUUUUAAGUAACUUUAAUUUUAUUCUUGCUUUUGGUGUAGGGUAAAGCUUGGAAUGGAAACGUCUGCUGCAUUUGCAGCUUUUAAGCUGAAAAGGUUUAAAUGAAGGUUGGAAAGGAUCUCAAUGCACCAAGAACAGGAGGGGGAAAUGAAGAUGGAGAGAGAAUACAGGAGUCACUGCAUCUACUCAUGGUUUGUGUUUGUGUUGAGCUUUAAGCUAUGAAGGGGCAGACUUACCAGUAGGUUAUCGUAGAUGUAGCUUAAUUUAAAGUAGGCUAAUUAAGCAAAAAAAAAGAUAGAAUGGAAAUUUGGUUGUGAGGUUAUGACUGCCGUGUUAGCUACAGUUUAACGUGGUGACAUCAAGGUAAGUCAGCAUACACUCAUAUGUAAUUUCAUACAUUAUGUUGAGACUUUUGAUUCCUCAAGUUGAAUCACAGCUACAUUAAACCCACUUGUAGUCUGACUGGAAAGCAUCCACAGGUGAAUUGAUACUUCCUUAAAACCAUCUGGAAAUUAUUUGUUUUGUAAUUCAGAGGGCAGCAUAACUGAAAAAAAAACAGGAAGGAAAUGAGAUCUAUUUUGAAGAUUGCAUUUAUAAAACCAGGUAGGUUGUUUUGUAUGGACACAUAUUUAUGAAUAAACAGACCAUUCUUUCAACGUUUGUCCAGUUUACAGAAUCAUCAGAAGGUUUGGAAAGCAAAGCUUUGAUGCGCUACUGUAUUUUUUCCCCUCCCCCUACAUAAGACAGAAAAUAAGAAUGCUUUUAAAGAGAAAGAAAACUCAUUGAAGACUGCAGACGCCGUUGUCCCUGUGCUAACAGAAGGUGAUUUUGGCUUCUGCUGCGCUGAGGGGAGGAUCGUGCUGCUGUCUGAGGUGCUGAAGCCAAAGUGCUGCCAGGGGGUCCUGGAGAUCCCCAUGUGCCCACGGUGUGCCUGGUGCCCCUGCUACACAAGUCAAAACUACACCCACUGUGAUUUGAGUGUGGGAAGACCGUAGUUCACAUGGAUGUGUUUGACGAGGGGUUUAAGUGGCAGUCAGUUGUGGCCAUUGGGCUCUUGGUUAAAAUAGGGAGACUGUAAUCAGUCUUUACACCAGCACAGAGGCAUGGCUUGCGAGAAAGAUACAUGUGAAUUUUGUGACAUUAAUGCUUAAUGGUAGGCCACUGCAUUCUGGAAAUUCUUUGAAAGACUUUGGUAUAUUUGAAGAUGAGCACGUGUGCAGUCUACACUGCAAUGCUUCCUGGAUGAUAUUCUAUUUGUGUAAGCAUUAUUUUGUGAAAGUUUUGCCUUUAAAUCUGGGCUAAUGCAAAGAGGUGCCACUUGGACUCGUUGGUCUUUAUUGUUGUGCAUCCAAUAUGAAAUUCAGAAGGGUAACACUCUAAAAACAGGAGCAUGUUGUCUAAGAAUGAUGGUGCUUCACCAUUUUUAUGCAUGAUUAGAAUCUAGAAUUCACAGGACAUGCUUAGCCAUAAGAAGCUGUUCAAGAGAACUAAUGUGAGUGAAUUCAGUUUGUUAGAAAGAUUCUUUCUGCUUGCUUGCAUGAGAUUGGAAGUUUAAGGUGGUUAUCUUGAAGAGGUGAUAAUAAAGGUUCCUGAUGAUGUAAGCGUAAAAUGGAAGCAUGCAGCAGUUUAGCUGUUGAUAGAAAUAAUGCAUUCAUGACUCAAAAUAGUUGGCUGUGCCUGAAAAUUCUCCUUGAGAUUAAUUUCCAUUCCACCACACACUAUCGCUGGGAUUUGAUAGCAUCCUCCAUCCAGGACUGCACAAGAGAAGUCUGAAAUCAAGCUGUGAUGAAAAGGAACGAACUGAUUGGUCUCUGCAAGCUCCGAGCCAUGGAGAUAGAGUUAGAAAGUGUCAUGAUGACGUGAAGGGUUGAAAGCCAAUCGAAUGGAGCGUGAGGGAUCUGCCAAACUGCUAUUUCAGAUGGCAGAGCCGGCUAAAGAAACCAUGUAUUUUUAUCCUGGGAGACAACAGUUCAGAUUAGGGGAAAAUAAGCAUGAAGUUGAAAUCAGAUUUUCUUGGCACGGCCCUUCAGGAGUGCUUGCACAUUAACGUGUGAUGAUAUUGUCUCUAUAAUAAGUACCAUGGUUGUGCAAUAUGUUAACAUGUUGUAAAAUGAGAAAUACAACCCAUUGAUUUAUUAUGCCUAUUUAAUCACUUUAUCUACGUGCUCUGUUAUUUCCACACAUCUGCUUUUUAACAUCAUUUUCUGUUUAAUGUUCAGUAACUCGCAUUGUUUUAAAGGUUCUUAAUUUUCUGUCUGCUUUUUCCUUUUGCUUUCCUCUUUUCUAGGUCUUCACAUGAAAAUCCCGUGCAGUUUUACUUAGGUUAUCAAUCUUUUGGUUUUUAAAAAUGCACCAGAAACGCAGCAGCAAAGCACAGAUCCUUGAAGGCUGUGAAUUCGCCGUUCCAUUGCAGAUGUUACAGUUCUGCUCGGCUGCCACAAGAGGGACGUAGAAGGAAAGCUAAGAUAACCGGGGAGAAAAAAACAAACCGAAAGAGCAGCUUCAUGCAGCUUCAGCUGCACUGUGGCUGUGAAAAAGUGUUCCUGAAGCAAACUGGAUGAGUACUUUAAAGCAAUGGAGGAAAAGGAGGAGAAGAUCUUGACAUUUCUUCAGUGAUCUCGGAUGGAGAAGAUACUUAGAUAUCAAGGCUUGGUUCUCUGUCAUUGCAGUUUGCCAUUGAUUAAUUGAAAGGAACAUUAAAAGUACUUAUAAAAGGUCUUCGGUCAACUUCAGUAUCUUGCUUCCCUUGGAGAUUUGAAGUUAAGAGACAUAAACCAGAUUUCAUCAAGCUGUAACUCUUCAAACCAGUCACAGAGCACGACCUUGAAUGGAUUAUUGCAUCUUGCACUGAAUGAAGCAUGUGGAGAGGAGAUUUCUGAAGAUAGAAGUUUGUUUUGACUGGAAACACUCAGCAGAAAGGUAGAACAGGACCAAUGAUUCUGCUCACUGCUGGGCAUGACCUUCACUGUCCAGUCCUUUCCACAGUAUCCAUCUUUAGAAUUUGCAAAUGUUCAUCCAUGGCAUUCAGAAUGAGGAGAUGCUGAGAAGUUCUAAUGUACUGGGCUUAAUACUGAUCUGCACGUGAGUGAAAUGGAAGUGAGCGUUGAGUGAAUGUGUCAGCUUGGUUCAACUCCAUUUGUAAUCUCACAGUCCACCAGAACAGAGAAUGCAUCUUCCAUGACAUUGACAAUUUUAUUCGUGGUGGCAUGUAAUAAAAAUUAUGACUGACUAUGAUUUAGUUCAGACUUCAGGACUCACAGUUGACAGUCUGCAAUGACUGUGACCAUUUUUUUAUCUCCACCUUUUACAGUGGAUGUAUGAAAGCUGGAAACCUAGCUUUAAUGCGUGAGCAUUAGCAGGCUCAUGUAAAACUACUGAAUUGAAAUGCAUGUCUUCUCAUAUAUAAUGCUUUAAAGAAGGUACUGAUCUGCUCUGUGUGCACAGUAAGAAAGACAGUGGGCCUAAAGAGCAUCCCUUGGAAACAUUUUCUAGCAGUGGGAAUAUAAAGCAUUGGAAGCUUCCUGAGCUGGUUGUGGAGCUUCCAUCACUGGAGGCAUUGAAGAACAAGGCAGAGAAAUCUGACUCAAGAAUGCCAUAGAUACUAUUGAUCCCCUUUGGGAGAGAAGGUGGAAAAUAUUUUAAAAUCCUUACUGGUUAUCUUCUAGAAUGAUUUUGUUUCUUAUGGCCAUAAAUAUAUAAGAAUAACUGCAAAACACUUAGCAUGCUACUUUGGAGACUGGAGGUGUUUUUCACUUAUUUUUAGAACUUGACCUUAAGACUGAAAAAUAACUUUUUCCUUCUGACUUUUGUUCUUUGCCUGGCAAACUUUAGUUAAAAACACAGAGAUGGAAAAUAUUUAAACUUUUAACUAGCAUGAGCUUUUCUUUUUGUUGUUUGUUUGUGUGCUAGCUCAUUUGUGAUGUCAACUCCAGUCAGGGGAAAAAGGUGUAACUAACUUGGCACUGCACAGAGUGCAAAAAUAGUUAUGCCAAAGCCCACAUGAACACUAUCUACUGCUCAGUGUUAUUAAUUUAUUUUUAUCAGUAAUACUUAAAAAAAAAACCAUGCUAUUGACAAACCUGGAAGAUGUUUCCCCAUCAGAUAAUAAUAAUAAGUUCAAGUGUAUCAUCCACUCUUCAACUUGCCCUUUUACACAGGAGCAGGUACCCAGAAUGAAUCACGUCAUGACUGAACGCUUUCUGACCUACUGUUGUGUGUUGAAGCAGCAUUACAGCAAUGAUUUAUGGGAUUUCUGGCCCUUAGAUCCGAAUAUAGAAAGAUGAAGAAUGAGUCCAAGGAAAAUAAGGGUAGGAAUGACCUCAUUUUGUGGAGACACCAUGUCUUGGUCAGCUUCAGAAAGCUGUGAAGAAAUGAGCUGCCUUUUUCUCUGUGCAGUUAUUUUAUCACCAUCAGUGAAAAGGUCCCAGAAUCUGUUGCAGAAUAAAGAGAAGUGACUUCAGGUUUCUAGAACAUAAAGACACACUGAUGGCUGCCUUCAUAUGCAGAAGACAUCAUUUAUAAUUAGCGCAGUGUAAAUAUAAUAGGCCUUGGUUCAGUUCAUUUGAAGUAAGUGAUCAGUAAGCACUAUUUUGUCAGCAUCCUGUCCCACACCAGUUGUUGCUGAGGAAAACUGAUGUCAUUUCUGAGCAGUGAAUAUUCCUGACAUCAUUGAGUUUGAGGACUUGCAGCUUCUAAAUACCAGCAGUUUUGUCUUGUGCUGUAAUGUAUCAGCAGACAUGUAGAGGUAACAUGCUUCAUGUGUUCAGUUUAAUCUCCAGCCUCCACUAAUAAAUUAAUUAUAAGUGACUUUUGGAAGGGAAAACAGAUGGUGAUGAGCUUGCAGAUUGUCCAUGUCACCUAAGUUCUCCUUUGCCUCCCUAUGAAGCGAGCCAGCAUCUCUGCUGGUAGCCUGUAAUGUUUUAAAUCCUUUGACUUGCAGCUUGUCCAUACAAUGUAUUGGAAAGAGUGAGGUUCUCUGCUUACCACUCAUCCUUCACGGACUUGAAGAGUUUGGGAGCUUUCUUCUUUUUCUGCCAAUUAUUUGAAUUUCUUCAGUCCGUAUUAAAACCAAAGGAAAUAGUCUAACUUCUCUGCAUUCUGACUUUGAGUUAGUUUGAAUGCUGAAUAAUGGGCAUAACUUCAGAACUUGUGAAUUUUACACAAAACGUCAUCACCAGUUUAUAGUAUUGCAGCAGGGUUUGUGAUUGUGAGCAGCUGAAAGUGUUCAGCAAAAGGCUGAGCUCUGUGCAGGAGAAUCAUGUCUCCUCUUGACACAUUGCUCUUCCUGGAUGCAAACACUGCUCCCUUGUUGGCUGGGGGUCACGCUGUUUUACAAGCUAGCUUCACAUGGCCUCAAAAAUGGUUGUUUCUAGGCAGCCCAUACCUCUGCUGAAAAAAUGGUUUCCUUUUUUUGGCCUCUCAAGGCUUAGAAACAUACAAGUGUCCAGUUAUUUAGAUAAUGGGCUUUCAAGCAACAUCUUUAUUAGGUGUUUGAGUUUAAGGCUUUUUGAAUGUAGGUUUAUUUGGUUCUAUGUCUUGAUACCAUCAGGUAAUGCUCCAUUUGGAUAGCAGAGAAUGUAUUCAUAUUUUAUGUGCCUUGUAUUAAAUGGUUCCUUUUUUUUCCCCACUUACCACAAGAAAUAAACCAUGGUCGAUUUGAUCUUUGGAUUCACAACCAGAAGUCACUUGCUGUGCAUAACAUGAGGUGACAUGUUCCAGACAAGAAGAAUCAUGGAAAUGCCACCUAGCAGCCAGAAAUGACGUCCACCCGUCGUCCAGCAUCAGAGAAUAAGAACUUCAGAGGAAGGAAUGCAACUUCAUAAAUAGGAAACCACAGAUACUAAUGGGGAGCAGAGGCAAACCUGCAGGUUAAAAAGUAGUUGCAAGAGAAGCUCAUACAUCCACACUGCGUGGAGAUUCAAAGAUGAUUUCAGCUCUAGCCUUUGUUUUUCUCCUCUGCCUCUCCUGUCCUUUUUCAUCAUGUCAGCAGAGAAGAGCAGGAAUUGAAGUUGGGCCUGAAAUGCUGGAAGAGAUGAGAGAAACUAACCGUGUGUUAAUGGAAGUUCGAGACUUGUUGAAACAGCAGAUUAAGGAGAUAACAUUCCUGAAGAACACAGUCAUGGAGUGUGAUGCCUGUGGCAUACACACUGAAGCGACAGGCCCUCUCAUCACUGUGACACAGUUUAACAGAUGUGUCCCAAACCCCUGCUUCCCUGGAGUGCCCUGCACUGAGACCAGCACUGGCUUCCGCUGCGGACCCUGUCCCCCAGGUUACUCAGGGAAUGGGUCCCAGUGCACAGACAUCAAUGAGUGCAGUGCAAACCCCUGCUUCCCAAAGGUCCAGUGCAUUAACACUGCUCCUGGCUUCCGCUGUGAUCCUUGCCCUCCUGGCUUCACUGGGCAAACGGUCGAAGGAGUUGGACUAGCUUAUGCCAGGGCCAACAAACAGGUUUGCACUGACAUCAAUGAAUGUGAGACAGGUGCUGCCAGAAAUUGCGUCCCGAAUUCUAUCUGUAUCAAUACACGGGGAUCCUACAAGUGCGGAGCUUGUAAACCUGGCUUUGUUGGGGAUCAAAUCACCGGCUGCAAGAGCCAGACAGGGAGACUCUGCCCUAACGGCGAAGUCAGCCCGUGCCACGAGAAAGCACAGUGCAUCGUGGAGCGGGACGGCUCCAUCUCCUGCGCGUGCCUUGUGGGGUGGGCAGGGAAUGGCUACAUCUGUGGGAAGGAUACAGACAUUGAUGGAGUCCCUGAUGAAAAGCUGCGCUGCUCUGACAAGAAGUGCCGCAAGGAUAACUGCAUGACUGUCCCCAACUCUGGCCAGGAGGAUGCAGACAGGGACGGAAUUGGAGAUGCCUGUGAUGAUGAUGCUGAUGGAGAUGGGAUAUUAAAUGCCGAGGACAACUGCGUGUACACCCGCAAUGCAGACCAGCGCAAUGCAGACAAGGAUAACUUUGGGGAUGCCUGUGACAACUGUCGCCAAGUGAAGAACGAUGACCAACGGGACAUUGAUGGCGAUGGGAAAGGAGAUGAGUGUGACGAUGACAUAGAUGGAGAUGGAAUCAAAAAUCCAACGGACAACUGUAAAAGAGUUCCUAACCCUGAUCAAAAAGACACUGAUGGUGAUGGAGUAGGAGAUAUGUGCGACAGCUGCCCGACUGUCAGUAACCCAGACCAGAAAGAUACUGAUCAUGAUCUCGUGGGAGAUGUCUGUGACACCAACCAGGACAGCGAUGGCGAUGGCCACCAAGACACAAGAGAUAACUGCCCCUCAGUGCCUAACAGCUCCCAGGUGGACACAGACAAUGAUGGACUAGGAGAUGAAUGUGAUGAUGAUGAUGACAAUGAUGGGAUUCCAGAUGAGAAACCCCCAGGCCCUGACAACUGUCGGCUUGUCCCUAACCCUGGCCAAGAAGAUUCAGAUGGUGAUGGUGUGGGAAAUCUUUGUGAAGAGGACUUUGACAGAGACAUGGUGAUUGACAGAAUUGAUGUGUGCCCAGAGAACGCAGAAGUGACGCUAACUGACUUCAGGGCUUUCCAGACAGUCGUGCUGGACCCUGAGGGUGAUGCACAGAUUGACCCCAACUGGAUUGUCCUUAACCAGGGCAUGGAAAUUGUCCAAACCAUGAACAGCGAUCCUGGCUUGGCUGUAGGUUACACAGCAUUCAAUGGAGUGGACUUUGAGGGCACAUUCCAUGUCAACACUGCCACAGAUGACGAUUAUGCUGGCUUCAUAUUUGGCUACCAGGACAGUUCCAGCUUCUACGUGGUCAUGUGGAAGCAGAUGGAGCAGACAUACUGGCAGGCAAACCCCUUCCGAGCAGUCGCAGAACCUGGUAUUCAGCUGAAGGCAGUGAAGUCCAAAACAGGCCCAGGUGAGUAUCUGCGCAACUCCCUCUGGCACACUGGGGACACCACAGACCAAGUCAAACUGCUGUGGAAGGACCCCCGCAACUCCGGCUGGAAGGACAAGACGUCGUACCGCUGGUUCCUGCAACACCGGCCUCAGGUUGGAUACAUCAGAGCUCGCUUCUAUGAAGGCCCCGAGGUUGUAGCAGACACUGGAGUUGUCCUUGACACAACUAUGCGAGGAGGGCGCCUGGGAGUCUUCUGCUUCUCCCAGGAGAACAUUAUUUGGUCAAACCUGCGCUACCGCUGCAACGAUACCAUUCCAGAAGACUAUGAAACAUUUAAAGUUCAGCAAGACUAACCUGACUUUUAAAUGUCCAACAAAAUCUGCUUAUAAAAAAGUGCUCAGCUGCCCCACUGUUGCCUCUGGUAUACUGUAUAAAGAACUGUAAGUCAUAUACCACUGCACUCUGCACAGCACCAAGUGUCACUGCACUAUCUGGCAUGUUUCCUACAACAGCAACUUUCCUGUAAAUGCUACCAAAUCCUCCUGGAACAGCAGAAGCACAGACGUCAAGUGUGCCUCGAAGCCUGUGCUGCUGUUCUCUGCACUACGUGGAGAAAGAUGUGCUGAGAAGCUACUGCAGUAGCUGAAUGGUUUGACUAAGAUUAGCCUGGAUGAUUCCCUGGACUUUUUUCCCCACUCCAAGGCUCUCAAAUGUAAAUGUUGUCUUUUUUGAGACCUACUAAAGCAAACCCAGAGUCUGAAAGGGUCACAGAAAGCCAAGUCCAAUGUCCGAGUUGCUCACAAAGUAUUAAAAAAAAAAAAAGCACUUUAGGGAGAGUAUCUUUGUUCUGGAAUGUUGGAUAAUAAAUACUCUAAUAGACUUCUCCUUGCUCACGUGCACGCUGCUUUUUUCCUCUUCUGAAACUUUUCCAUUGCUGAUACCUAAGAAAGAAACCCUCAAAAGCUGAAUGCGAGAGGAUGGCAGGAGAGCCUCAGCUGAAUUAAUGGUUCUGUUAGCAAUAUGAACACACAGGGAGAGUUUUUUCAGUCAAGAAGCUUCCUCUAGCUAGACCAUCCCACCUCGUUCUUGCAGAUAAGCAGCAGCUGAUUUCAGACUGAUAAGCAGAGGCCUUACACUCAGUUUGUGUUAUGACACCGUGCCAGAACUGCAAGGAGCAGCCGAGGACGAGGGAAAGCUGAAGCCAUCCCUGCUAAGAAGGGCUGACGUGGGCUGGGUGCAGCAGAGGCUCACAAAGGGCUUCUGCAGUUGGUAAGCUGGAAAGUCUGAAGUCCUGCAGUUCUGAGAUCUCAGUCUCGUCCAGCUCAACAGUUACCAAGCAGCAUUAAAAAACAAAGGCCCUGUUUUGCUAGAUGUUUCAUGCAAGCAGCUCAGAGCAGUUAUAGUGAAACUUAUGGGUUCAUCAGAAAGGCAGCUCCUGCUGAACACUUCAGUGCAGUUUUGUAAGCUAGAAUGAGGCUGCAUGGCAAACGCUGCUCCUGGUUACCAUCCAGUGCAGCUUCUGUGACAUGGUACCAAACGAGCAAGGUGUGAGCAGAGCUUUCCUCCUGCAAAGCUCGUGGCUAAAAGCACGUUUCACCAAGCCCAGGUCUGCACAGCACAGCGGAGUUGAGCUCACACUCAGGAGGCAGCAGCACGAGCAGAGAGGUGCAGGAAGAACCCACUGGUGUAACUGGCCCUAAAGGCUGCUGGCUGAUGGCAGCGCUUGCAGGACAUCUCCAUCCAGCAUUGCAAGGUUGUCACAAAGACAGACACUGAGUUUUCCUUCUUCCACAGGCAGCCAUGCAAAUGAGCCAGCCCAAAUUACAGCCAGCCCCAAUUAGACACAGCAGCUCUCAGCACUCAAGGAAAGCUCCGUAGCUUCUAAGAAACCACUUCCAGCACGGCGUGGCCACAGGUGGUGCACAGAUUUGUUUUCCACAGCUGUCAGAAGCCAACCAACCCAAAUGUCUCCCUGUUUGUUUGUAAACACCAACAGACCGACAGUGGAAACCUUCAGACCAAAAAGCAAACAAGGAACACAACAAGAAAAAGCAAAGCAGCCAGAGACAAAAACAUUUCAACUUUUAUUACAUUUCAUUUACAAAUAAUGCAAAGAUACAAAGACAAAAGCCUUCACACAAAAAAGAAAAGGUUGAAAAGAAUGUACAUUUAGUUGAGCUGCUUUUUCACAUCAUUUCUCAGAUUGCAAACACUUAAAGCCAACUUCAGUUUUCCACUUUACCUAUAGAAAAAACACAAUAAAUAAAACUUUUAUGUCGCAGGGACAAUUUUUCCAGCGUUCCUGUGCCACCAACACUGUAGCUGAAUAUAGGAUUGCAUAUAUCAGUGAAAUAAUCCACAAAUUAGUUUAAUAGAAAAAGUUAACUUGUAAAGAACAGUAUAUUAUACUGUCUCUGAAAAUGCAUAAAUCUGACGUUUUUUUCCCAAGCUCAACGAACGACAUAAAGUUGUUUUUAGCUGCCAGUCUGUGAGAGAAGCUGCCAAAAGCAGCUGUAUUUAAUUUGAUUAAAAUCCAACCUCCCCUCCUAAGCACUGUCACAUUGAACUUCCACUUCUCCUACGAGGAAUCCCUCCACACUUGGGGGCUCUGUUCAGGUAACGAGAAAAAGCUGCUAGAAGUCCUAAUUCCUCCCAAAAGAAAACCUCAGUAUCUACUGCCUUAUUAGUUAAUAGCUGGCUGGAAUACAAUAUUUCAAUUGCUACGCUGUAUAAUGCUGAGCAGAGAUCAGUGGAUGUGCGAUACUGAGACGGUCUGAAGGACGCCCAGGAUCAGUGAGUGAUGCAGUGCUGUUGAAGCAAGCCCUGCCCCAGCCUCCAGCUCCAUCGGCCUGACCACACAACUUCAUGCUCAUCAGUUCCACCUGCUCAUCUUCCCUGCAUUCCAUGUCUGCUGGAUCCUCAGGCUGAGCCACGUUAACCCUUUCCUGCCAGACAGAGCCUUGCAACGUCGCACGUAAGCGAAGGUGUUUGCUAACUGCUGCUUUUCUGCCUUGACCGAGAGCCAGAGCAGACGGUGCCGCCUUCAACGCUCGCCCUCUGCAGAGCUCAGCUCCGUUUCUGGACGCUGACGUCCCGUUCCUGAAGGGAACACUGACUCUCCAUCGCUACGGCUGCAGAACGCAGUUCUCAAAUUGGAUUUAUGAACUGGGACCUUCUGCCCCUUUUUAUUUUCUAAACCAUGGCAUAAAAACUGAGUGCUGACCGAUGCGCAGGACGUGCAAAGGAGCCGUUUGGCCGCACAGACACUGCAGCUCAGAAGGCAGAACGAGAUCAGCACUGUGAGCAGAGCCUAUCAGAGCCAGCAGCACAUCUGCUUUGUGCUGGACCCACAGAUGUGGCACACCCAGAACCUGCCCCCCUUCCAAAGGUUCAGUCGGUGCUAUUCCCAAUACAAACCCCUUCGCACGAGCUGAAGCCUCAUCCCAGACCUCCCCUCACCAAGCGUCAGUGGUGACAAUUUAAGCUUCUAUUGCACAUUCAGCUGCAGGAUGGACCGACCUGCACAGGUCUCAGAUGGAGCAGGGGGAGAUCUGUGCCCGCUCUGCAGCCCUCAAUUCCCACGCAGAGCUGCGUGCUGCAUCUGCUCCAUCCGCCCGCGUUUGUUUGUUGAAGGCUAUUCUAAAGUGGGCCAGGAGAUGAAACCUGGAUCACAUGGGUUUAACUGUGCCCCCCCCAAAGCCUCCUGGGGUUACGUAAACGUGGAGUAGGAGCACAGUGCUGCAGGUCAGCGCUCUGCUCUCCAGCACACAAACACCCCUGGUCCCCAUCGCUGCGAGGCCACCUCGCUCUCAUUUGCCACAGUCAAACUAAGAAAGACACCACAAAACGGGAUCCAACGUGUGUUAACAACCCAAUGACUCCAACAGAAAAAAAGCCACACCAACAUGAACGUGUCUGCUAAGCCGCAGCUGGGGGAGGCCGGGCGCAUCUGCUUCUUUUGAAUUUGCUCAUUGCAGGGGGGUGGGUGGCACGGACAGACAGACAGCGUUCCUCCAAACAGCAUCCGGACGAGCUCAAAAACACAACAAAGCAGCGAAACGCAGCACAGCUCCAGUCCAUGGUGGGAGGUGACCUGGCUGCCACUCCUCAGCAGCUCAGCGCUGCUCAGUCCCAACCAUCGGCUCAAAGCAAAAGAAAAUUCAUCAGGACCCACACAGCACAGACAGAACCCAGCGCCCGCCCCGACCCUGGCAGGCAGCAGCAGAACCUCUUCAAAGCAGCAAACAAUUGGUGACAGCUGAUAUCAACACGUCCACACCGAAACAAGCCCUACAACGUGUGCCCUGCUUCAGUGACGGAGCACAAGGGAAAGCGAUGGCAGAACAAAAGCGGUCUGUGCCAGCACAGUGCCACAGCAUCACUCAUCAAAACCCAUCAAACCCAUCGGCUUUGUUGGAACACAGCAGCAGCCACGAAGGGGAAACAGCAUCUGUCUGCACAGUUACAUCGUAAAAGAAAAAAGGGGAGAUUGAGGAAUUUGUGUGAGCUGAAGGCAGGAAAAUUAAGGAGUAAAACAGUCAAACCUAUCAUCUCCACUGCCAUCCUAUCAUCUGCUGUAAGAGCCGUCUGAGGUGCUGUCACUGCUGUGUCUCACUUGUGUGACAGCGAUGGCAGAAAUGCCAUCAGAAGAAGAGCAGUGAGGAAAACACCUCAGAUCCCACAGAGAUCCGUCCCUGCAGCCCUGCUGGCCGCAGCCACAGCCCAGCACCGAGGGCUCCCUGCGGACAGAGGGACGCUUGGCAGCAGAACAGAGCUCUGCUCACAUCUGUCAGACCUUUCCUCCAAGGCAGAGGCAGAAUAUGAGAACAAAACGUUGACUGCUGAAUGAACCAAACGGUGCUUUUUGCCAAAUCGCUCCGCUUCCUCAGCUGGCACCAGGCUCCUUCCCAGCAGUGCUCACAGCUGCGCCCCCACUGCAGAGCCGCGCUGCUCCAGAGCCCUUUGCUACGGCUGAACCCGGAAUGCGGUGACCGGGAAGGCUGAAAUUCAGAGAGAAGUUCAGAGCUGCCCAACAAAUCACCCAGGAAAUGGCAGAGGGAGCAACAGCCCGACAGCGAACACAACGCGCCGGGCCAAGGAGAUGCGCUGCACCUGGAACCUGAGGACAGGAGGACGCACAGCCGCCGUCCACAAGCAGCUGCAGGGGGAAGCAGACGGCUGCUCCACUCCUGACUUCUGGUCUCAUUACCUUCACCUGCAGAAAUCCACAGCGCUCACAGACUCUUCCCAUCCCUAAAGCAGAGAACCUGCAACAAGCAAAGAGCGAAGCCAUCGCCACCAGCAAUGGGAGAGGAGAAGAGAGGAGGGAGAGGCUGCGCUGCUCCCAGGAGAACGCGGUAAGAGCUCAGCCCAGGCUCCCUGCAGCCACUUCCCACACCUUCCCUUCUGCACCGACUCCCCAGCACUGCUCUGCUACGCGCUGCCCCUCUGACAGCACGGCUCCACCUCCCAAAGAAACCAGGCAGUGCAUUUACCCCUUCAGGCCUUUAUUUUGAUCAAGUUGGUCAAGCCCACAUAAGGCAACAGACACCACAGUUCAAACCGCCCCCCUCCCCCCGGCGGAAAAUAAAAUAAAUAACACAAAUGAAGAGAGUAGGUAAUGUAGUGUUUCGUUCUGCAGUAUAGAAAUUCCACACAAUGAUUCCGUUUAAAAAGGUAAAAAUGAUUUAUAGUACACAGUAAUCAUGUCAUCGUGGUGCCCGCAUAGAAAACCGACAUGCAAUCCAUGCCUACACUGCGCAGUAUAAAUAAGAUGCAACUAGAAAUACAAAGGACAGGAACACUACAAAUCAGCGUUAGGUUUUUUUUCCCCAUUUGGGUUUUUUUGUUGUUGUUUUUCUGUUUUUUAAAAAGAACACAGACGAACAGACGCUACCUGCGCUCUCACCCUGCCAUCACAGUGACGGGGGCUCUGCUGCCCACAGGAAUGCAUGCUGUGCUCCUGGCCCAGCUCUGCUCUCUGCCAGGGGGGCAUCGGCCCCGGAGCCCCUUUGAAGGGCGCACAGCUGGGCUGAGCAGAGCAGAGCUCAGAGGGCGGCUCGCUCUCGGUUGGUCCGCAAACACUUUUGCCGAGCGGCUCUCAGGAACGCUUCCUCAGAAACCCUUUUGUUUGUUUGUUUCGUAAAGGUAACAAAAUACACAAAGGGUCGAAAAGCUCCUUCGGUCAACUGACAGCCUCUGCCUGGAAACCUUUCUCCCCCCUCCUCUUUCAAAGAAGAAAAACGGGACCCGCAGGGGUUUUUCUGUACAGAAGGGUUUGCGGCUGAGCGCGGGCAAAGUGCUGCUGCCAUGCAAAGCCGGAGCGCGGGGUGGGACGGGGCUGCGCUGCCACACGGCACAGGGAGCUGAGCUGAGCCUGAGGAGCUGCCGCAGAACAGCAGGGCCAGCAGGGCCCCCGCCUGCAGGCGCAGCGCAAACCUGGAUUUCUUUUGAAGGUCACAGUAUUCCAUACACUGAAAGUUCGCUCCUGUGGAUCCCCCGUUCAUCGGCAAACACAACGGCCCAGCUGGGGAGCUCUCUCCAUAUACUGAUAUAAAGCACGCUGCGCGGAGGGGCCGGGUUCAUUCAGCAGGGACGUUCAGAUGGGAACUCCGACCCCACACAGCUUUGGGGUUAUUUAACUGAACGAGGUCUAAAUGAUAGUGGCAGCUUUUUGCUGCACGGCUUCUCCUCCCGCUCUGACAUCUGAGGGCAGCAGCUUUCAAUGCUCCCACGUUUGAGCUGAGAUCAGAGCUCACAGCUUGUGAACCACAACCACCAACCAGCGCGGCUCCCCUCCGCGUUUCCACCCCCAGCUCCAGGGCUGCUCUCACGCACGCAGUGGCAACGCAGAUCAGGAGGGGUGGCAGCCCCUCAGCACAGCGCUCAGUGCUGGGACCUCAUCCUCCCCUCCUGCAAGGAAGGAACAAAUCCUGCACCUCUCAGCCACGUGGUCCCGAAUUUGGACAGUUGCAUCCAGAUGUGAUUUUUGUUGUUGUUGUUUUAAAUUAAGGCCAUUUUAAAUGUCUACUUACAAGUCUAAUAAACAAGAUCUCUUAUAUACACGUGUAGUUUAAAAAAAAAAAACCUCAGAAGGUAGCAUUUAGCAACAGCUCCC